CCUACCUCGGAUCAUAGAAGCCCACCCUGCAGUUGCGCAAUCCCGAGGACGGUGUUCCCUGCAUGACGGAUUUGUCACGUUUGCCCACUUGCCCACUCACUUUGUACAUAACCCCUCCACCCCGCGAUACCCCUCUGCCUCGCCGCAGAGACACCACUCACUUCCAUGCAACCACUUUCACUUUUAGCGAGACGUCCCUUGCUCUCGUCCAUACCCGCCGCAAGCCGAAUCACCACACUAUCCCGCCACUUUUCCCAAACAUCCCUCGCCAUGGCGCCCAUUUCCAAGGAGACCGACUUCCUCGUGAUAGGAGGCGGGAGCGGUGGUCUCGGUGCCGCGCGCGCGGCCAGCGCUAAGUUUGGGACCAAGGCGAUGGUUAUUGAGGGCAAGCGGCUAGGAGGCACAUGUGUCAACGUCGGUUGCGUCCCGAAGAAAGUAACCUUCAACGCCGCCGCCAUCGCCGAGACGAUCCACCAAUCCAAGUCGUACGGAUUCAACAUCCAAGAAACCGCCCCGUUCGACUGGAGCACCUUCAAGAAGAAGCGCGACGCCUACAUUCUCCGACUGAACGGCAUCUACGAGCGCAAUCUCGCCAACGACAAGGUCGAGUACGUGCACGGCUGGGCGAAGAUCCUUUCCCGCAACCAGGUCGAGGUGACGCUCGACGACGGCACCAAGACGGUGGUCAACGCCAAGAAAAUCCUCAUUGCGGUCGGCGGCAACCCGACGGUCCCGCCGCAGAUCCCCGGGUCCGAGCUCGGCACUAACAGCGACGGCUUCUUCGAUAUCGAGACGCUCCCGAAGAAGGUAGCGCUCGUCGGAGCCGGUUACAUUGCGGUCGAGUUCGCGGGCAUGUUCAAUGCCCUUGGCGUCGAGACACACCUGUUCAUCCGGCACGAUACCUUCCUAAGGCACUUCGACCCCAUAAUUCAGGAGGGCGUUACCAAGGAGUAUGAGAGGCUCGGCGUGAAGCUGCACAAGCAGAGCGCGGCCACCAAGGUGGAGAAGGACGAGGCCGGGAAGCUUACGAUCCAUUACAAGGAGGGGAGCAGCGAAGGGGUUGUUUCGGGAGUGGACCACCUCAUCUGGGCUGUCGGGCGCACGCCCGCCACAGCAGACCUUGGAUUGGAGUCGGCUGGUGUGCAGCUCAACGAGAAGGGCUACAUUGUCGCGGACGACUACCAAAACACCAACGUCGAGGACAUCUAUGCGCUUGGCGACGUGACGGGCCGGGUCGAGCUCACACCGGUGGCUAUUGCCGCGGGCCGCAGGCUUGCUGCGCGGUUGUUUGGGCCGGAGCAGUUCAGCACAUUAAGACUCGACUACGGAAACAUCCCAUCAGUCGUGUUCGCUCACCCCGAGGUUGGGUCCAUCGGGUUGACAGAGCCGGAGGCGGUUGAGAAGUACGGGCGAGAGAACCUCAAGAUCUACAAGACGAACUUUACCGCCAUGUACUACGCCAUGAUGGAGCCCGAUCAGAAGGGUCCUACCGCCUACAAGCUGAUUUGCGCGGGCCCCGAGGAGAGGGUUGUCGGUCUACACAUUCUGGGGCUUGGCAGCGGGGAGAUGCUCCAGGGCUUUGGUGUUGCCGUCAAGAUGGGUGCCACCAAGGCCGACUUUGACAGCUGCGUGGCCAUCCACCCGACGAGCGCGGAGGAGCUGGUGACUUUGAAAUAGAUAUGGCCUAGAGGGUUGAGCUUGGAAGAUACCAUGUCUUGCGUCUUGGCUGAAUAGACUUGUAAUUCACAUAUUGUUUUCUGAUGCUUGUCGGUAACGGAAUAUUGAUUUGCACAAAUAACCAC